CGGCAGCUCCACCGUUACCUCUCGCAGGCUCCGAUCGAGCCUGUGUGGUCUCUCGUGCGCUGUUGCUAAGGAAAUGGAUGGCUUGAAUGGACCCGUGGUUUGGGCUGAAUCGUCCUCCUCGCCCCCUCACCAGCCUGAUGUCUUUCAGUGUGUGUUUACGGGGAUCACUGCGAACAACGUAACGCGUCGGCGCCAGCUCUGCACCAGCCGGGUUCAGUGGAGCCGCAGCUGAGGAACUGGGGAUUUAACCGGCAGCUGGUGCACUACCAAAGGAGGAGAGAUAGCGAGGCAGCUGGGCAGAGGGGUCGACAAGCCUGGCUGGCGCUGGGUGAAUGCUGCUUGGAGAGGACAACGGCUGAGGCUGCAGCAGCAGGACUGACUUGAAAAGGAGCAUGGCAUCCACAGGCAUGCAGAUAUUUGGAUUUGUCCUAGCACUGUUGGGCAUCAUGGGUGCCAUGGUGGCCACCCUGCUGCCCAACUGGAAGGUCAGUGCAGACGUGGGCUCCAACAUCAUCACAGCGAUUUCCCAGAUGCAGGGGUUGUGGAUGGAUUGCACAUGGUACAGCACCGGCAUGUUCAGUUGCACACUAAAGUAUUCUGUGCUUUCACUACCUGCGUACCUGCAGACUGCUCGAACCACCAUGGUGCUGUGCUGCGUACUUGCUGCCAUGGGCCUCUGCCUUGCGUCCCUGGGACUAAAAUGCACACGCUGGGGAGGUGGACGACGCUCCAAGCGGCAUGCUGCCAUCGCCAGUGGUGGCUGCUUUGUUGCUGCAGGCUUUCUGUGUCUGGUGCCUGCUUCUUGGUUUACCAACGAGGUCAUCACCAACUUCCUGGACUCCAGUGUGCCCGAGAGCAAUAAAUUUGAGCCUGGGGGUGCUGUGUAUGUGGCCUUUGUUUCAGCAGGUUUUCUUUUCGUGGGAGGGUUUAUUUUCUGUAUGUCCUGUUCUGGGAAGAGGCAUGGCCCUCAAGACUUGGUUCUGCUCCCUCCCCCUGACAAGUUACUGCUCCAGCAGCAGCAGCAACAGCUGCUCCAACAGCAGCAGGAGCUCCAGCACCAGUACUGCUCUCUCUCCCCAUUAGACAAUAAGACUGGCUACAGCCUGCAGGACUAUGUGUAGUAGAGCAGAGCUGUGCAUGCUACGGCUAAAUGGAUACAAGCCUGAGAGGAAACCAUCAUAGCAUUCUGCUACACACUGGGGUCUUUUCCUGACUGAGGUGGAGAAAAAAAGAAGAAAAAAAAAAGCGAGAGAGAAGGGCAACAACUUUGAACUCCUUUUUCCUCUCUCCUCUAUCUUGCUCGUCUCCUUUUUUUCUGUUUUGCAAGCACAAGCACUGGAGGUAUUCCCCAAGCAGCGACUUGGAAUAGUGUGAAUGUGUAAGGAGCGAGGAUAAGGUGCUGCCGGAUCGAAGGAAGCCGCUAACCAAAUGCAGACAUCCUUCAUCAGUAAAUCACAGAAACAUCUCCCUGGGGAAUGGAUAAAGCAAAUAAAGAAGCAUUCCGUGUAGAUUUUCCCCCCUCACCAAAGGUUUGAAUUUAGAAAAAAAAGCAAUCAUUCAGCUGCUAUUUACAAUCAUUCGUAUCAGUACCCUCCCAUUUGACAGAAUAGGCAAUAUAAAACCUGAGGGCAGUAAGUAAAACCCCCUUUCAUAGCAAGCCAUUGUAGUUUUUAUAUACCUAUCCACUAGAAUGCAACCUGGAAUUGAUUGAAAUAGUCAUAUUUUUGUUAGCUACUAGAAUGAUGUUGAUAUUUUGCCUCUAAAGCAUGCUGUGUGAAGCCUGUCUGUGUAUUAAUACAGCAGAAUGCCUGGUAGAAGACUGAGCCACACAAUGCCUGUGCCUGAAAAGCUGUAGAAACAUUACCCUGCUGUAACUGUUCAAAGAGGACUGUCAGGAGGAAGAGAAGUGGGCUGCUGGGCUGGUUUUAAGAAAGAAAAUGCAGACAAACAGAUGCCUGCAUCUCUCCCUCUGCAGGUGGAAAUAUGAGAGGGAUGGAGAGAAACAGAGAUUCAUUGCUUCAGCAGAGUGGAAUAUUCGAUAUGCUGUUUUCAUUUUUCCAUACAAACACGAAUAUGGCUGUAAGUAGCAAGCUACCAAUUACAAUCCAUUCCAGACAUGUACACCCAAAUGCUUAGACAUGCUAGAUGUGCCUUUAAGUGCACGGAAAAUGUUAGGACACUUUUUUUCUUUCCUUUUUUUUUUGCAUGUGCUUUUCACUCCUGUCAUCUGCCUCUGCACUGCCAUGGAAACAAAAUUCAAUAGUGGGAUGUCUCUAUUGUCUGAGAGUAUGUGCAUGUCAGUCAGUGAAGUUCUUUUUUUCAUUUCACCACGACACGGCAUAAGCUUUAAACAACAGUCUUUGCUCAUACUGCUUUCACUAAUCCCAUUUAAAAGGCAGUAAAACAUCUCUCAGGUCAGAGGUUUUGGAAAAAUGCUCCGCUUCGCAACUCUCCUCUGUAACGCCAUCGAGCAGUAUCAUGUUGAUGAGCGGAUAUUUAGCGGCGAAGCGGCAUAGGGCAAAAGCAGAAAUUGAGACGCUUCUUGAGUCGACUGGAUAGCUGUGCAGCAGGUGGCUAAAAAAGGUUUGAGUCAUUCUCCAUAUGUGACUUGUUUUUCAAGUGCGUCAGCAGUGCGCAUAUGCUACCAGUCUACACCUGCAGAAGGUCUCAGUGUUUUGAAUUGCAUCCACUUGACUAUGUCUAUGCUCCUCUUAUUCCUACCUUUCACUCUUUUUUUUUUCUUCAUUUCCCCUGCUCUGCUUGUGUCACACAUCACAUGGAUGUGAUCCCUGAUGAAAGAAUGUUGAUGCAUGUUGAAAGCGUGUCCCCCUGACAUGCACACCAGGCACACACAAACAACCCCGGCCAUCCCACCUACUCAUAUGUCAGUUGCACGGCUAUGCUUUCAUGCUUGUAUUCUAGAGUGUGUCUACUCUUCUGCUGUGAGGGAUGAAUAAGGGAGGAAUAUUGUGUUUGAGCAUCAGACAGGACUUGGCAGGCUGUGAUGUAUAGAACUGCACAUUCUCUCCUUCUCUCUCAUUAACAUGCAGCUUCCUGGGGGAAGAGCAGAUGGCUAAGCGCAGCUCGCCACCUGCAGGCUGCUGCUGGCACACCACAGGCAUCUCUGUGGGUAACCGCUGCUGGUCCUGGCAGCCCUGCAUACAGUUUUUUCACCAUGUUUCCACGCCCCCCCACCCCCGCCACAGCCAUCUUGCCCAGCUUAGCCAGCAGCCACCAGAACUGACCUCCUGACAAUAACUCACUGCCCAGGCACCAUAACCAAUGCAAUAAACAAGUAAAGAAUGUGCCAUGUCAUCAACUAAUACAGACACGUUAUGUGUUUUGAGAAUGUGCCAAAUUGUCUCAUGAUGACACGUUUUAAUAAUAUCUGGAGUUUUGUUUAUUUUUUUAUUGCGUUGUUUGUACAUGAAUUAUGCAUUUGCAAAUGUUUUAUGGAUUUGUGAUUUGUUCUGCCAGACUAAGUCUCAAGUCAACUAGAUGCUUGCGUACAGUCCAGUGCAGCUUUCGAGGGUUAUUUUAAAUCCUCUUUAUUUCUCAUUCCCCAUGCACAGCAAGACUUCACUGGGUAUGAGAAUCUCAUAAAGAAGACACUAGUGUGGUAUUUUAUGGAAAAAAAAAAAGGUUUAAAGUAAAAAAUUCGGGUUCACUGUUGAUCUGUGACAACUAUACACAAGCAUCUAGGUUUUUAAGGAGUUUGUUUUCACUGAAGGAUCAGCAGUUCUUCAGAUUGUUUUCGGUAUAUAAUACAACACCAUGUUCAUGCCAUAUCUUCUUUAUAAGAAGACGACUCAGUGCACUUUUACUUUGUGUUUGUAUUUGACAGCAGUUUGACUCAAAUGACUGAGUAUUUCAAGCUCUCUGGACCAGUACAACGACACGACACUAGUGGCACUCUGGACAAAAAAAAAAAAAAAAAAAAAGGGAGCAUUUUCUGUCUGAUAAGAUUCAGCAGGGAAAUACGAGCUAAAGAUUUCUAUUUUUUGUGGCUGUGCAGCUUGAUCAUCAGCACGCAAUUUCAUUCGCUUAUAAAUGGCCAGAGUGCAACGUGACUAGGUCCUAAAAGUCAACAGAUACAACUCUCCUGCAUACUGUACCGAGAUGUUGGUUUAUCAUUUUGAUAACUGCGGCUUAUUUUUGUGAAUGCUUUAGCACUUCUUACUUUGCCGAAGCAUAUUUGUGAUGAACAGUUCACAAGUUCUGAUACAGUUGUCUCAAUGUGCUUGUGCAAGUAGUUCUAUUUUUUACCAAUAAAACUAUUUUGUGAAAGCAA